AUGUUUAGAGAUAGAACCAACCUUUUUUUGUCAUACCGCAGGACAUUUCCCCGAACUUACGAGCGUACCAAGAGCUCUGAGCCAGAUUCAUUCUUCGAUAUUGAGGAAAAUGGGGCAGACGAAUCUCAUCCUAUGAUUGACAUGGGAGAGAGUUCUCAAAGCCCGUCCUCCGUAUUCACGAGUCUAACGCAAGAUAUUGACCGCAGUCUCGCGGAGGCCGAAUCACAGAUGCUGCAGUUGACCAAACUCUAUCGCAAGAAUUCCCUCCCAGGUUUUGAGGACAAAGCUACGGAUGAGCAGGAAAUAGAGGAUUUGAGUAUGCGCAUCAUCCAACUCUUUCAAAGGUGUUAUUCCAUCAUGAAGUCAUUAAAAGCAUCUAGCUCUUCUCAAACCUUUCAAGGGAAAAACCUCAAUCGAGGCAAUAUCAUUGUUCUUAACAAUCUGGAGAAGAACUAUGCCAAUAAAAUUCAAGCUAGUUCAAAUAAAUUUCGGGUGCUGCAGAACAAUUAUCUGAAGUUUCUGAAUAAGGACGACUUCAAGCCAUUACCCAGUUCCAAUACCGAUGAUAGCGCUCUACUCGUGCUCGAAGAAGAAGAGGCGUAUGGGGCGUCACAACAGGAAAUCGAUUCAUAUUCCAAACAAACUCUGCAGCGACAGAGUCAUCGGCAAAUGGACGGAAGAAAUGCUCAGUUUUUGAGGGAACGAGAAGAGGAAAUCACGCAACUGGCCCGAGGAGUUUUGGAAGUAAGUACGAUUUUUCGGGAAAUGCAAAACCUAGUGAUCGAUCAAGGCACUAUUAUAGAUCGAAUCGAUUACAAUCUAGAAAAUACUGUAACAGAGCUGAAAGGCGCCCAUCGGGAACUGGAAAAGGCAACUGUUUACCAAAAGCGUACGCAAAAAUGCAAAAUAAUACUUCUGCUAUCCCUAAUAGUGAUCACCUUGUUCUUUUUCGUUAUGCUAAAGCCCCAUAGCCAUGGAAGCAAGAAGAAUAACGCUGUGAAUGAACCAUCCACUGAAGGUCCAGCAAGCAACCCUGCCGAUGCGGAUAGUGGCCAACCAAGCAACGCACACGAGGAAGGUACUGCAUGA